AGCGCUGCCUUGCCGGGGAUCUGCACGUCUCUACACUCUCUGCACAAAGUGAAAACUAUGUGCCACUCGCGCAACCAUCUCCACACCAUGACUGGCCUGAGGGCCCCUUCUCCAGUUCCUUCCAACGGCCCGGAACUCCGGCGGGGCUCCGGUCCCGAGAUUUUCACCUUCGACCCUCUCCCGGAGCGGGUGGUAGCAUCCACAGCGCGUCUGAACACUUCUCGCGGGCACCGAAAACGCAGCCGAAGGGUGCUCUACCCUCGAGUGGUCCGGCGCCAGCUACCAACCGAGGAACCCAACAUGGCCAAGAGGGUCCUCUUUCUUCUGCUCGCCAUCAUCUUCUGCCAGAUUUUGAUGGCUGAAGAGGGUGUGUCGCAGCCCCUGGCUCCGGAGGAUACUACCAGCGCAGUAUCGCCUGAGCCCAUCUCUGCGCCCAUUACUGCCCCGGUCCUCGAGCCUUUGAACCUGACCUCGGAGUCCUCGGACUAUGCUCUGGACCUCAAAGCUUUUCUCCAGCAACACCCGGCGGCCUUCUAAAGACGAUGGGUCACAGUCCACAAAAACAAAGAGGCACCAGGGAUACCUGGUGCGCGAGAACGUAUCCCAAACUGGGACUUCUAAGGCAACGCUAACUCAGAACACUACCGCCAAGAUGCCUGUGCUUGGGGCGAGCCCGAGGCACCGUGGGUCCUGGCUAUGCUCACCGGGGAUGGACUGAGACCUUCUCUAAUUAAUAUUUAUGUAUUUAUGUAUAUCCUCCUAGGUGAAGGAGGGGUGUAUGUAAUAUUUAUUCUAACUUAUGCAGGGGUGCGAGAUAUGCCUCCUUGCUGUAACAGAUUAUUUAUUACGAUUUGUAGGGUCGGUAAAACAGAGUUGUGGGAGGGAGGACCCGGGUGGUAGGACUCCCAACUUGGGGAUUAGUCUGGGGUGGGGGGCAUAGGUUUAGGAGUAACCCUCGGUCAUCCAGCACUUCAACUCUGUAGUCUGUUGUAAGGCUUCAGCAGACCCUUGGGAAUCUGGUCUAUGGCCUUUGAUGCCUUCCUAGUUGCUUCUCGGGGGCAGCUGCAGGAGUCUUAGGUCCUUGAUGCGUUGUCAGAGGGCGGCUGUCUGGGGUCGCCUAGUAUGUUCUGUGAACACGAAUAAACUUGAUUACCUGUCAUUAUUA